AUGACAACAACUACUAAAGCUGAAAUUUUAGAACUGAUGAUGAUGAUGCAGCAGAAGCCAAAAAGUUCGAUGAAAAACCAAACCCCCUUCUUCUCUCAUUUGCCUCGGAAAUUCUUGGAAUUCCAAAAAGGGAUUUCUUCUGACAAAGGAUUUUUCUCUUUUGAUUGGAAAACACAUGGAGCUUUGAAAGAGGAGUUUUCACCAGCUGACUUCAAAGCUACUAAAACUAACUGCAUAAAAUAUUCUAGACAGGACUUUCUACAACUUCCUUAUAUCACAACUGACUUUGAAUGGAAAGAUUACAGUCCUGCAGUUUUCAGACGUAUGCUGGAGCUUGAUAGUAUUGAUUAUGACCAGUAUCAGCUGUCAAUAUGUGGACAUCGGACUCUAAAGGAGGUUUGUUUACCAGGAAGAUAUGGCAGGGUAAUUGUAUCAUCCAAUGACAAUCGAUUUGUGAUUAAAACCCUUCGGAAGUCUGAACUGAAGGUAUACUUAGAGAUGCUUCCAAACUAUUACCGCCAUGUUAAGAAGAAUCAGGCCUCACUAUUAAUAAAACUGUAUGGACUUCAUGUUGUCAGGCCAGCGGGAGGGAUUAAGGUUUACUGUGCUGUUUGGGGAAACAUGAUGCCAUCAGAAAUUUGCAUAGAUAAGUGCUAUGAUCUCAAGGGCUCUUCAAUAGGCCGAGCCUGCAGUAAAACAAUCGUUGAGGAUAGAGCCAUACUUAAGGAUCUGGAUUUUGAUUUUUGCUUUUACCUGGAUCCAUUAGUCCGAGCUCGGCUCUUAGCACAAGUCAAGUAUGACUGCGAGUUUUUGGAAGCUGAGGGCAUCAUGGAUUAUAGUUUUUUGCUUGGUAUACACAUAGAAGCUUCACAUGAAGGUUCAAUUGAUGAAAACGCUUCCAGAAGUUCUAGUGCCAAAAGGAAAACGGAUGAUACUUCAGAACAAAAUGAAAGCUCAGAGUUAACUCUUGCCGAUAUCUGCGAUCUACUUGACAGGCCUGGGUUUAAAUUUGGGGAUAGACUGCCAGCACGUGCUGUCCGGGCAUUCAGGAAUGAAAUGGAAAGUAAAUCAUAUAGGUCGUGCACCAGUGCACAGGAAUGCUUCAAGAUUCAUGCUACCCUUAGACUCCAAAAAAACAAGGAGAGAUUCAUAUUAGACCUGCUCAGGCCACAUUGGGCCUUACUUUCAAUGGGGCCUCCCUUCAGCAAUGGGGCCAAUAUGCAGUGCUUUUCCAUGAGUCAGCUCUCAAACCUAACAAAACUCAAAUGUCUGAAACUCUGGUAG